AUGGCCUCUCAGCCCACUCCUUCGAUAGCACCUGCGCUACCUCCCUCGGUCGCCCCGUUGGCUCCCGCAUUGGCCGCCAAGCCUGCCAUUUCACCCUCUCCCGGACCAGGCACCCCCGGAUCAGUCACCUCCAAAGAAUGGGUGAUCCCACCGCGUCCCAAGCCCGGUCGCAAGCCGGCAACCGAUACGCCGCCGACGAAGCGAAAAGCGCAGAAUCGAGCCGCACAGAGAGCCUUUCGCGAACGACGGGCGGCUCGCGUCAACGAGCUCGAGGAACAGAUGAAACAGAUCGAAGACGAGCAUGAGAUCCAGGUGCUGGCCCUGAAAGAGCAGAUUUCCAACCUGUCACGCGAGGUCGAGCAAUGUCGCCAUGAGAUCUCCUGGUGGCGAACUCGCUGCCAUGCCCUCGAGAAGGAGGUUGCGGUCGAGAGGGGUGCCAAGGAGGCGCUGGUACGGGAGUUCCGGUCCUCGACGUCGGACAAGAAUGCAUCGAACGACAAGGCUCGUCCGGCCGCUCGUGUGUCCUCGGCCGACCGUGACGCAAAUGAGAGAGCCGCGUCGAACAACGGCGGCGACCACGCCAACGGGGAGCGGGAGGAAGUGCCCCUGGGAUGCAGCAACUGCUCCUCGACUCACUGCCAGUGCAUCGAGGACGCGUUUGCCAUGCCUGGGAUCGAGACCCAGAAUUCGAAGCGACCGAGUACAUCAAGACAAAAUCGCGCAGAGCCCGAGAUUAAGCCGGAUCCGGAGGAAAUGGAGAUCGAUUUCACGACCCGGUUUGCCGCUCCCCAGGCCCCCGCAGACACGACCACCAACGUUUCAUCCCCCGCGGUCGACCCCUGCGGGUUCUGUCAGGACGGCACGCCAUGUAUCUGUGCCGAGAUGGCGGCCCAGGAGGAGCAGCGGGGACGACGAAACUCGUUUGAAAACAACAGACUCGCCCCCAUCCAGAACCUGUCACAGUUCACGCCGCCCCCAUCGGACGGCGAUGUGCGCUCGGAGAUGAUCCUCCCUCCGAUCAGCCAGGCCACCAAUCCCUGUGCCAACGGACCCGGCACCUGCGCGCAAUGUCAGGCCGACCCGAGGAGUACGCUUUUUUGCAAAACGCUGGCGGCGUCCCGCUCCGCCAGCGCCGCCUCCUCAGGAUGUUGCGGCGGUAAAGGUGCCGAUGGAGGCUGCUGCCAGUCCCGGAACCCGAAUCCUCCCCGGACCGGCUCCACGGGCAAUCCCAAUUCCAAUUCCAACUCCAACACUGCUACUUCGUCCAAGACGCCAUCACUGACUCUGUCGUGUGCUGAUGCGUUCACAACAUUGUCCCGACACCCGAACUUCUCGCGUGCCAGUGAUGAAAUUUCAGCGUGGCUGCCCAAACUCCAUACGUUACCGAAUCCCCAAGAGGUUGCCCCGGCCAAUGCGCGCGCUGCGCUGGAAGUCGAGGCGGCCAGCGUCAUGGGGGUGUUGCGGUACUUUGACCGGCGUUUCGCCGACAAAUAA